GUAGAAGCAAGAAAGAAAAUCAACUUAAUGAAUAUUUGCUUUACUUUUUAAAUUGAAGAUAGUUGCUGAUAAAAUGUCAAAAACUAAGAGAAAAUUAUCUGACCAAGAAGAAAGGAAAACUGGAAAGAAGAGAAAGAGUACAGAAAAUGAGGAGAAAUACUUUAAAGACAAUGUAUUCUGUCAGGUUUUGAAGAAAGCAGGACUAACACUCAAAACAGGAAAGACACCAAAUGUCCUCGAUGUUGACCAGGCUGUAUUUCAAAGAAAUCUACAAAUAGCAUUAAAGAGACGUGAUAAUUUUCCUUCGGUUCUUGAUGAGUUCAUUGAAGGAUUCCAAGAAUAUAUUGAAGAUCAGCAUAGGUUUCACUAUAGCUUACUACCAACACAAACAUCGGACAAAUGUGAAAGUGCUCGAUGCAGCUCACAGGACAGCCUUGUGAGGUUGUUGAUUGGAGUGGACGUUCUACAGUCCAAGAUGAUGAUGUGUCUCCUGGAGAAGCUAGCAGAAUUCAUGGAGAAUGAAGACUGUAUAGUGGAGCACGGAGAGAAAGUCAAUCUCCCUCGACUUCUGAUGAGUCAGUUCCGCUGGUUAGACAGGAUCCUGGAUUGCAAGGAGUUGGCAGACAAGAUGCUGGAGAUGAUCAGCAUUGUAUCAGUGGACAUCCAGAGAGAAAUCAUCACCUGUCUACCUGAGGUUGUGGAGGAUUCAGAGCACAGUCAUGUGGCCACAUCACUGAGGGAUCUACUGGUAGAAAAAAGCAGUCUCACUGUACCCAUCCUGGACGCUCUCUCUAACCUCAAUCUCAACCCAGAACUCAUGAUGGAGGUUCGCGGCUCCGUACUACAGACUCUGUCCACAGUGGAGGUGGAGAAUUUACCUGUUGUGGUCCGCUUCCUUCUUCAGUCUGUCACCCCAGCUGAUGCUCAGGAGGUUGUCAUGGAAAUUCGACAGAACCUUGAUUUUACAUCCAGUUUUCCAUUAGCUACAUCCACACCCCAUGAAACAGUUAGCAGGAGACAGCUGUCUGGAGAUGAAACAAGAGGUGUAGAGUCUUUGACACUGGAUGCUAUCAAAUCAGGAAUCAGGUUUCAAAAGAGUGUCGCAGAGGCAUGGAUAAAGGCUAUAGAUUCUGUGAAGCAAACCUCUGACCACAAAGUAAUAGACUUGUUUAUCCUGCUGAUUUUAUACUCCACUGAUCGAAAGAAACCUGUAGAGAGCCUCAUCAGAAAUAAAAUCAGGUCAGGGGCCUUCACAGAGGUUCUGCUGCAGGAGGCCUUCAGGGAAAGGGCUCAGGUGAUGAGAGACUACUUCCCCUCCAUACUGUCCCUGGCUGAAGUCCUGCUCCGCUCACCAGAACCAGCCAUUACAGUCUUUGCUGCCUCCAUGUACAGGAACGGAUUUGUGGCCUUUGACACAUACUGUCAGCAGGAGAUAGUUGGAAAUCUAGUCACCCACUUUGGUAGUGGAUUUGAAGGAGAGACAGAUUCUUCUCUAGAUAUACUGUACCAGCUAGUGGAUAAACACCUGGACAAAAUGGCACCUUUUGCAAUCUUUGUUAAGGUUGUUCUGGACUACCUUGAUAAUCUAAGUGUCCUCCAGAUAAGGAAACUGUACUCACUCCUCAGCACACUGGCAUUCAGAAGUACCCAGGGAGGAAACAUGAUUCAGGAUGAUCUUCACAUCAUAAUAAGGAAGCAGCUGUCCAAUGAUAAUCCAAAAUAUAAGAGAAUGGGCAUCAUUGGAGCUGUAAUGGUGGUAAAAAGUAUCGCAUACAAUCAAAAUGGAGACAAUGAUCCUAGCCAGGUUCCUGCUGGUCCUAUGACGGAGAGCCUGUACAAACAGGUGAUAAACCUGUUACAACUGGUCAAAACCAGCAGCAGCCGGAUGUCAGAGGCCGCCGCUCUCUUCAUGGAUGAGCUGGCUAAUGUGGUGGGCAAAGGUCACCUUGACAGCAAAGUGGAG